UGUUAAAUUCCAUGUUACGGCUGAUUUGACGGCAGUUAACAUGGGCAUGCUCUCCUUGGAGACGUUUAAUUGGCUUCAAUCCUUAGCCAAGUCCAUGAAUUGCGUUUGGGACUUAACUGACCGCUUGGGCAGAAUCCUGUCCCAACACUUCGGCAGGUUUAUGAAGUUUGAAUGCAACUAUAUUGGAGUUCCCAAAAAAUGCGUGCCUAAAAAUAUUUAGAAUGGCGUAGAAAGGUAAUGUUUUUGUAUCAGAUUUUAAAUAUAUAGUUGAAACCAACCAGGAAUCUGUCAGUUGAGAAAGGUUUCUUCAAGAAUGCAGACUUUAAGAUCGGUGUGGCUCUUGGGGUUUAUUUUGCUAAUAGGACCCAGCUUGGUGCGAUCUCAGAUAUAUAGUCUUCCAGAGGUUGGCAACUGUGUGAAUAUUUACUUGAAUGCCAUUUCGGACAUCACCGGCAAGAUAAUGGGUCUCCUCCACGACUUGGUCAAGUGCGUCAAAUUGGUCACCACUUUCAACGUGGAGGCUCUCGACUAUAGCUCUUUCAAAAAUGUGGUUAACGAGUUCAUGGUAAAGCUCACAUCCUUGCCAGUCUGUCCCUUGGACAGUUUCGAAGCCCUGAGGGCGCUAUUGAAGCCUCAUAUGAAAAUUAUCAAAUCCUACAAGUGCUCCUACUUGGGAGUUCCAGCAAAAUGUAUUCCUAAAACUCCGAAAGCAUCAAAAGGACUUGAGGCCUUUCAAUUGUGACGUGUUCCUUUUGGAAAUUUGUAAAUUAGUUAUGUCAGCAUAUUAAAUGUUUUUAAUUCUGUAA